AUGCCUGGCGGCCUCCCCGCCCGCUUGGAGUGCCCCGCCCGAUCCCGCCCCCGGCAGGCCGCCAGGGCCGCCUGGGCCGCGCGGGCCGCGAGGGUCGAGGCGGCCAGGAGGCCCGCAGCGCCGAGGUGUGCCAGCCAGCCCGGCGGGGGGAGCAGGCGCUCCGAGCCUGGCCACCCGGAUGCGGUCGCGCUGGCGUCGGCGCGGGAGCCGACGGCGCGGGAACCCGCGGCCGAAGAGUGCUGGCACGCUGCCGCAGGAGGCCGCGGCGCGGCCGCCAGCGGCUCCCGCGAGGCCUCGCCGAGGGGGCGGAGCACGCGGGAGACGGAGGAAGGGGGCGCGGCGCCUCCGGGCGCGGGCGGCGCGGCCGCAGCGCCGCCGACGGGCGCGGAGGGCGGCGGCUGGAGCGCCGAGGCCGAGGAGUCCGCAGAGCGGCGGAGCAGGCUGGAGGCGCUGGCCCAGCAGGUGAAGCGCGACCUGGAGGGCCAGAGGCAGCCGCCCGGCGGCGGCGCCCGGCAUUUCGCGCCGGGGCGCCGGCGCGGCAGCGCGGGGAGCGGCUGCGCCGGGGAGCGGCUCUACCAGGACGCCGCCCGGCGGCAGUUGCGGAGGCAGUGCCUGCAGGCCCAGCAGGAGGAGGAGCGGCUGGCCGGGGAGCAGCAGGAGGCGACGUUCCACCCAGCCAUCAGCGCCUCCCAGCGCAGGUGUCCGGGCGUCUCGCGCUCGAGGCUGGACCCGUCGGGCAGCGGCACCCGGUCCAAGCUCGAGAGCAUGCGGAAGGCGCGCGACGAGUCGGAGGUGAGCGGGUGCACGUUCAGGCCGGAGGUGGACCACAGGUCUGAGGAAUUGAUGGCGCAGCGGAUUCAGCGCAUGAAGGUCACUGGGACGCUGUACGACUCCUUGUACGAGGACGCAAUGCGCCGGAAGGAGCGCCUCUCCGACGCCCACGCGGCGCUGCCUCCGGGCGUGACCUUCCAUCCGGAGAUCUGCCAGGGCCGCCGCCGCGGCGAGGCGGAGGAGGUUCAUUUUUGGAGCCGGCUGGCGUACUCGAAGGACAGUUCGGAGAAGCUGCAGUUGUCCAGGCAGAAGCAGCAGGAGGAUCAAGACAAGAGGGACCCGUCGCCGGACUUCCGCCCGAAGACGGGCCGUGCGCCGCUCGUGCCACGGAACAAGGACCACCUGCCAAUAGGCGACUUCCUGUACGAGUCUGGCCGCGAGAGGGCGGCGCAGUCCACCGCCUCCGCGCAGCGCGCCGACGCCGCCGCCGAUGCGCGCAGGCUCUCCCCGAAGGCCGGGGGCAACUCGCAGCAGCUCCUGGAGCAGUCCAAGAGGCUGAGGUACCGCGAGCUCUACGAGGCCCUCGCCAGGAACGACCCCGAGGGCAAACUGCGGGCGGAGACGGCGACGCUGGACGGCCUGGAUGUGGAGCUGGAGGGCCUCCUGCGGCCGCUGGUGGCCUACCUCCGCAAGAAGGCAACUGUGACCGAGUUCGAGCAAUUCUGCACCGACCUUGAUUAUGCCAAGCACAGCGCCGCGCCCAGCGCGCACCUCUUCGUCGCGCGCAGGAGCUCGGGGCAGUCGUCGGGCAGAGGCCGGCAGGAGAGCCCGCCCCGCGCCCAGCACGCGGGCAGGCGUGGCCCGGCGUCCGCCAGGGGCGCCGGAGAGCCGCUGCACGAGCGGCUCCUGCGCGACGCCGCGGCGCGUGAGUCGUGGCUACUCGAGCAGCGGGCCCUCAAGGAGGAGCACGAGCUCGAGGAGUGCACCUUCCGCCCGAACACGAGGGCGAGCUUGUGCGCGGGCAAGGCCGGCAGGAGCCAGAGCGCCCGCGCGCUGGCGCCCGCGACCCCGCGCCGCCCCGUGCCCCCCGGCCACCUGACCGAGCGGUCGCCGAGCGACACGCCCCGCACGCCGCGCACGCCGCGCACGCCCGGCAGGAGUAUGCUCCCGACUGCGCUCAUCGAGCACUUUGCCACCAUCUCCGCCGGCGAGAAGACAAUGGCCAUCCCGAAUUCUGCCGAGUAUCAUGCCGACACAGGAGGCUCCGCAGGCGGUGCUCGCCGGCGAGCCUUACCAGGCCCCAACGUCCAUAGUCAAUGCCACUUGAUUCUGGUGCGAACGUCGAACCCUGACUCGGCGUAG